UUACGUUUAUGUUUGGGUGUUGUUCACGCUAUCCUGUAUCACUAUUCAUAUAUUUGUGUUGAUCACCUAGAAUCGGUAAUCAUGGCGUUAGGUCUUGAUGAGAGUUGGGAGCUUGGGAAUGCUGACCUGAUUCAACAGCUUGCUGACCUAGAUUGGCUUCACAAUGACAAAACUGACUUCUUGAAAGAAGUGACCACAGUUCGGGUGGGAUAUGAACUUUAUCAAAGAUUGAGUGGUGAGAGGGAGCUCAAGGCAAUGAGAGCAGAAACCUGUAUGAAUAUUGCGAAGUUCAUUAAAGCACAUCCGAAAGCUACUAAGGAAGAGCUUCAGAAAGAAGUUGCUAAACAGAUCUGGUUGUUUGCACAGAAGGUGGAAAAGAUGUGAUGGAGAUGUUUCUUGAACUAAAAUAAUCCUUAGAAUAUACAGAGUAAAACUAUUAACUCAAUCUGCAGUUAAGUGUUUUUCUAACGGAAAGAUCGAAUUAGGACAAUUUCUUUCGCAAAGGAAAGGUAAAAGUGAACAAUUUACUAGAAAAAUACAAUAAACCCAACAACAAAAUAUGAAGUGAUUUCAAGACAACCUUACAAAGCCCUAUUGCAGUAUUGCGAAAUUCAACAAAUCACAACCAAAGUGUAAAAUGGAAAAGAAUAGGAAUAAGGAAAAAAUAACGAAAUAAAUCUGGUCAUAUGCAGAUUGCCUACAGAAGACGGAAUAUUUGUGAUUAAGGGAAAUUUGAUCGGUUAUCCUACAUUAUCUGCAACAUUACCAAGAUAUCUAGCCAAUUUCUGUUGCAUCUAAAUUCAGGUAAAAAGUGAAAAUGAUUACAAAUCCAAGUGAACUAUGAAGACAACAGAUACUGGUACCCAUAUUUUGAUUGAAAAAGGACCUAUUUGACUGUGAAAAAUACAGAAUGGAAGUACCACUGUAUGUGGCAUGUGACUUCUCAUCUCAUGUCAAUUAUCCAUAAGGAAAUACUGUACUUACAACAUUCACAAGUGUUGGAGAAAAGGGGAAAAGUGAAAUCCAACACUUAGACUCUUCAUACUAAUAUUAGUUUAUUAUUACAGUUGACUGAAAUGCCUUUCAGCAAUGCCAUUCAGUCUAUUGCAUGUAAAAUUACGCUAAAGGAACAACCAGUCUAUAAAGUUGCUUGAUGUCCAUAUAAUGAAUAGUUAUCAUAAUAUAUCCCAGUAGCUGCAUAUGUACAGAACUUGCAGAUCAGCUGCAGUAGCUUUAAACCUUCUGAAAUGUAUGAAACAAAGCUGAGCUUGAUAUUCAUUCUUACAGUAAAUUAAUAUAAUGUCAAAUACAUGGAAUCAACUCCAGAAUGGCCAAUUUUGAAUAUCUACCUUGUAUGCUGGUUAUACUCAUUGAAAAAAUAUAUCUGAGUGCAUAUCUGAUAUUUAGUACAGUUUUAAUUUAAUACUUUAAAAUGUAAUAAAUGUUGUUUUUCAAACUU